UGUUCAGGCUACACUUUGCUGGUCAUUCUCGCAGCACAACAUUUGGAAGGUUCCGCGGUAAAGCGCAUUUAUUUGCAUGAUUGAUGUGCGCUGUUAGGUUCAAUGAGUGGGUUGAAACCACCAAUUACUGUAUCUGUCGUUCAUCACUGCUUUAAUGACAGCGAUACCCUGCUGUGUUCUACAGAACAUUAAAACUAGCAGAGGAGACGGAGAGACGAUGCCGAAUGAUUCACUUCAAAAUUAGCUACUGUUUAAGUUAAUCGACCAAGGUGGACAACUCUCUGGAAGUUAAUCUUUGAAAUUUAACUGGAUAUUUAUCCGUGAGUUAUAAUUUAAUUAACUAGAGGUGUACGACGCCCUCUCCUCUUAACAUCUUUGUCAAGAAACAUCUUUCAACAAGAAGCAGAGAUGGCAGCCGGUCUGGAAAAAGCUUGCCACAAGUGCAUUUCUAAGAUUGCCAGCAAUGCUUGCCUGAUAUUUGGACUUCUUGCCUUCCUCGCCUGGCCCAUCACUAUGGCUUUUGUGGGAAUGAAGUAUUUGGAAUACUGUCCUAUCCAGCCACUGAUUCCCUUGUAUUUGCUGGUCGGAGGAAUUAUUGGAAGUUUAAAGGUGACGUUUCUGCUCUAUGACUCCGCAAAGAUGAGGUCACUUCUUUCCAAGUCAGUUGUCAUAGACGAUGACGAUGAUGAUGAGUAUCCAUGGCGACAGAAUGCCCACAAAUACUACAUCCACAUCACCCUCAGCCUGUUCCUUUUCAUCUGGUUCAUUCUAGGAAACUACUGGGUGUUCUCUGUCUAUAAACCUAACUUCAUCCGUCCAUUCCACCAGCCCCAGGAUUACUGUGAUAAAACCCUUUACAUCUUUGCUGUCUGUGUUCUUGUCAUGAGUUACACUGUGCUCGCUCUCCUCCUUCUGUGCACCUGCUGCCUCUACUGCUUCUCAAAACCGAGAACCACUGCAGAAUUUCACUGAAAAAAAUACAAGGAUGUGAAUAACAAACAGUUGUAGGUUAUUGUGGUGAUAAGAAACAAAGAUACCAGAGAAGCAGUAGUGGAAAUGCUGGUAACGGGUUAUCUGUCAUUUCUGUAUGUCCUUGAGAUCUAUAAUGGCAGACAUGUCAAGACUUUUGUUGGUGUCAAUUUUAGUACUCCUAAAAGUAGUCGUCCCAAAACUUGAUCCUGUUUAUUUGUUUAAAUCUCACUUAUUUUGAUAAUUUGACCUUUGCAUCUGUGUGAAGGUCUGACGACAGGUUGCGGCCCUUGUUAUAAGCCUACUCUCAUGCAUUUUUAAUAUACUGCAUCAUCUUGGCCUGCUUAUAUCCAUAGACAUUGCAAACGUGUGCUCAAAGAAAAGAGAUAAAGUUAUUCUUGUACCAUUAUUAUUAUGUCAUAUAAUGUAUUUUUAUACACCCGGAUUCUGAAGUGGCAACACCCUUGUUUGAACGAUCACCUUCUUAAAAAAAAUGUUUUACCAUUAAGUUCUGUUUUUUAAUAACCAUGCGCAACUAAUGCCUGAGGGGAAAUAUCAUGGCUCAAGUGAAUGGGGAAAAUACUGACUAGAAGUAGUUGCUCUGCAUUAAUGAUUCAGACAAUUGCUUGCAUCAUCAGUGAUGAAGGUCCAGGCGAUGAAGACAUGGAGUUCAGCAGUUUCGGAUCAGAUGAGACUCCGCAGUCUGCUUUCCUGUUGCGUUACAAUCCAUAUUUUUUAUUUUUAUUUUUAUUUUUUUAGACACUGCAAGAGCUUGUAACUCAAGCAUUUUUUUGUAGUGAAUAUUGUAUAGUAUUAUUCUGUGUUGUGUUUUCACACCAGAGACUCCAAUUUGUUACUUACAGAGAUUAUGUAAAUCCCUUUAUUUUAGUGGACUGAUUUUCACGUGUUUAUAUAUUUUUUAAAUGUAGCGACUGUUAUUCUAGUGUUUUUAACCUACAGAUGUGUUUUUUCAUGAUGUGCUUUUGCACUGCACACUGUAACUUUAAAGUUUAAUGUUUGUU